AUUCAGUCGAGCGUUGAACAGCUGAGUGUGGGCACGAAUACCGGUUUUUUGUGGCGGCACAAUAAAAAAAGAUCAAUUCGAAAACAGCAUGGAUUUCUAUUACUUGCCUGGCUCUGCACCUUGUCGUGCCGUUCUAAUGACAGCUCAAUGUGUUGGCAUUGAUUUGAAUAAAAAAUUGUUGAAUUUGAGUGCUGGUGAACACUUGAAGCCGGAAUUUCUGAAGUUCAAUCCGCAACACACAAUUCCUACCCUGGUGGAUAAUGACUUUGCGGUAUGGGAAUCACGUGCCAUUAUGAUUUAUUUGGUGGAGCAGUAUGCCAAGACCGAUUCCCUGUACUCGAAAAAUCCGGAAACACGUGCACUCAUCAAUCAGCGUUUAUACUUCGACAUGAAUCUGUAUAUGGAAUUCGGUCAAUAUUUUUAUCCAGCUGUAAUGAAGAAAACUCCAUUUGAUCCACAGCAGCUUAAGAAGUUGGAAGCACAGUUGGAAGUUCUGAACACUUUAUUGGCUGGAAAUGGCUUUGCUGUUGGCAAUUCACUCACUCUGGCUGAUUUGUCACUUUUGGCCACAAUCAGCACUUUAGAUGUUAGCUCAUUCGCGAAAGGUGCCAAUAUUGAUGUCAAGAAGUAUGCGAAUAUUAAAAAAUGGUAUGAGAACAUGAAGGCCGUUACACCUGGAUACAAAGAGAAUUACGAAGGUUGUUUGGAGUUUAAGAAAUUCUUCAGUGGCCAAUGAGUAUUUGAAUUCUUUUACUGUGUUGUUUAAGUGAGAAAUGAAACGUACAUUUUCUGUUGCUUUUAUAAAGUAGUUAUUAGGACACACAGUUUAUACUCUUUUUACACUCUCUUUAGCUGAAUAAGUCUCUGUGAAAAAUGUGUUGAUUGCUUACUAGUAUACAUAUGGAUAUGUAUGUGAAAUUUCAUGUAUAUAAUUGACAAUGACCACCCGGCAUGAUAUGUACUCGUAUAAUUGCAAGCGCAGUGGCGCAAAAUGCUCUACACACCUUUAGUGAUAAUCUACUCUGAUAUAAAUUUAAUUGAUAACUUAGUAUGUAUUUUUUCAUUUUUUUGGUACAUAAAUUAAAGUAAAGUAAAUUUUA